GACCUGGAAGCCUCCUCUUGGCCACUGACCAUUCUAAGGCCACCUGCACAGAAGUGGCGGGGGACCCUCUGGGAGCAGAGAAAAUGGUGAUCUUCAGGCAGCUGUCGCUGGGUGCCAAGGUGGCCCUGGCCGCGGCCACUGUCUUCAUAUCCAUGAUCGUCUCCCGUUCGUAUCUGGCAGACAGCCUUGAGCUCAGGGCCUGGCGCUGGCUCUUUCGCCUGCAGCUUGUCCUGUUUGUCAACUCCCUCAUGCUCAUUGGUUCCCUGUACAUCUGGCGUAGCAUAGUGAGCAGUCUCUGCCCGUCCCCGGGCGCAGGGUCCACUUGUUUCCAGCUUUGGAAGCUGACGGUAUUGGCAUUUCUGGCACUGGCUCAUUCGAGUUUCUUCACCAUGUUGUUCUUAGUGGCCGAGGAGCCCCACCCUUUCUCCUUGGCCGCCUACACCUGCCUGGGCGCUUACGUCUUCAUGCUGUUCUUCCUUUGCACCCUCAGCGGCUUGGAGCAGGCCUACCAGCUCCUGGCCUGGCGCCGCGGCCGGGUGGCCGGCAGCCUGGACAAGACAAGGAAGCUGGUGCUCAGGCCCGUCCUGGCCGUGAUGGUGACCACUGUGCUCAGUGUGGCCGGCCUUCUGAACGCCGCCCAGCCGCCGGCCGUGAAAACCGUGGAGUUGCCCAUCCGGCAGCUGCCGCCCUCCAUGAACAACCUCAGGGUUGUGCUCCUCUCCGACAUCCACCUGGGCCCCACGGUGGGCAGGACCAAGAUGGAGAUGUUCGUGAGGAUGGUGAACGUGCUGCAACCCGACCUCACGGUGAUCGUGGGAGACCUGUCCGACUCGGAGGCCGCGCUGCUGCGACCGGCCGUGGCUCCCCUGGGCCAGCUGCGCUCUCGCCUCGGCACCUACUUCGUCACGGGCAAUCACGAUUACUACACGCUGGAUGUCAACAGCUGGUUCGCUCUGCUGGGAUCCCUGCACGUGCGGCCCCUCCACAACGAGUACGUGAGGAUCUCCGCUGAGGGAGCCCGCCCUGCAGGGGAGGGAGAGCAGGGCGGGGACUGGAUCUGCCUGGCCGGCGUGGACGAUAUCGAAGCAGACAUGCUGCACUACGCGGGCCACGGCAUGGACCUGGACAAGGCCCUGGGGGGCUGCAGCCCAGACCACACCACCAUUUUGCUGGCGCACCAGCCGCUGGCAGUCAAGAGAGCCCUCCGGGAGCGGCCAGAUAUUAACCUGAUUCUGUCGGGUCACACCCAUGCUGGCCAGAUCUUCCCCUUGAAUGUGGUGGCCUAUCUCCUCAACCCCUUCUUUGCUGGUCUCUAUCAGGUGGCCCCAGCUACCUUUGUGUAUGUCAGCCCAGGCACGGGCCACUCUGGGAUACCUAUGAGGCUGGGGAGCCGGGCAGAGAUCACAGAGUUCAUCCUGCAGCGGGCUCCUUGAGCAGGCCCUGGCCCUGCCCUCGCCCUGGCCCUUGCCCUCACCCACUGCCCUUCUUCCCACUGGUUUGCCUGUUUGACCCACUCCAGCCCCUCCCAGCCAGCCCUGCUUACGCACACACACUGCACCUACCCAUGGACAGUGAUGUGGGUGGGGCUGCCUGGCAAGUUCAGUCUGGUUUAACUCUUUAAGUGGCUGUUCGCUUCUUGAUCUGCAUGUGUGGCGCCAGUGGGAGGGCUGCAGAAGCUGGUGGAAACAUGUAAUUUAAAGUGCAGUGUUCAUGAACCUUCCGAAGCCCCCCUUACCUGCGGGAACACACAUGUAACACCCAGGUGGUGUGGAGGGAGCCAGCCUACGGGGCACUGGCAAGGGGCACCUCCAAGGCGGGGUCUGGAAAUGGAGCUUCUUCCUCUUAGUGCUUUUCUUUAGGGUGCAGGUGGAUUCUAGAAGCUUCCAUCUACAAGGAAAGGGGCAGUGUUGCUGGCUGGGAGUAAGAGAGCAGAGAAGCUGAGAAGCCCCUCGGCUGUUGGAGAAAGGGCACUGGUGGUGUGAUGAGGUGUGCAGGAGGUUUGGGGCCAGAAGCCAGGCCACCUGCUUCUCACUAGGGAGUCUUCCCGCAGUCUGGUGAUUAAGGGACUUUAUGGGUUACAGGUGAGCCCAGGCCGCACAGGCAGUUGAGUGACUUGCUUGAGGCUGAUUGCAGCUUACUUGAAGGGGUUGCGGAGCCGGGCCCGGAGGGAGGGGCUGGUAGUGUGUAGGGCAGCUGCUGUGUUUGAAGAAGGAUCAGGAAACCGGAGACCCCUGCUGCUCCUGCCCCACCCCAGGAUGGGGUCUGGCUUUUUGAUUCAUUUUUUACUUGAAAGUCAGUUGGAGGGAGAGAGAGAUCUUCCAUCCACUAGUUCACUCAGAUGGUUGCAACAGCCGGGAUUGUGUUGGUCCAAAGCCAGGAGCUUCCUCCAGGCCUCUCACGUGAGUGGCAGGAGACCAAGCACCUGAGCCAUCUUCCACUGCUUUCCUAAGCCAUUAUCAGGGAGCUAGAUUGGGAGUGGAGCAGCCAGGACAUAAACCGGUGCCCGUACGGGGGAUGCCAGCAUCGCAGGCAGCUCAGCCCAUUAUGCCACACCUGCCCCAGGACAAGGUUUUUGUGGGGAGCUGAGGUUGACUCUAGCUGUGGGAGGUUGAGGCUUGCAUGGGGAGUGUCAGGCUCUGUGCCCAAGGUAGGACCUUGCAGGCUUCCCACCCAGGGCCAGGUGUGGAAUGCAGGGUUGUUCUUCCUGCAGGUGCCUGGCACCAUUAGAGAUGCCCUUGGGCCCUGGCCACCUGCUGGCCCCUAAGACCCUUGUCUGGAAUGAGCUGAACCUUGUCCCAGCCCUUGACCUUGGGACAACAAUAAGCCCUUCUAUUAGAAAAGGCCUCACCGAGAAGACCUAGGGCUUAGGCUUGCUGGUGGAUUCUUGCUAGGAGGUGCAGGGACGUGACCAAGGGGCUUUGUCCAACAGGGAACAACAGGUCUCAGCCUGCCUCGCGCUCGGAGCUGGGCAGCACUGAGCGAGUGACAUGACCUCCCUGAGCACUGGUUUCCAUGGCCCCUAAGUGGGGAGUAAGGGUUGCACCUCCCUCACAGUGGUUUUGUUGGAAGUUGCUAAGACAUGGAGCGUGAGUCUCCCAUGGCGCCGUGCACACAGUAAGCGCUCAGUGCCGUGUGAGCCUCUCACAUCGUGCUGGGGCUCGUGAAGGAACUUUCUUGGGACGCCGUGCAUCCGGGCAAUGUGCGUGGGCAGCCUGCCUCCCACUGCUGGGUCGGAGCAUUGUCAACAGCAGCUGCUGGGAGGUGCCUUGCUCUGCCCGUUUCCAUGUCACAGGCCUGGAGGAGAGGGUGUUUUCAUGUUUGCCUUGUCCUGAGCCUGGAGACCACCUAAUAAUAGGGCAUUCACAGUGGCCAGUGGCGCCUGCAGUGUGAAGGCUAGGGGAUGUCUGAGUUCAGGUUUGGGUGGCUUUCUGAUACUGCACCCAUCCCUGUAGAAUUUCAGAGUGAGGGAAAGGCCUCUGGAGAGUUGUUUUGCUUUUUUUUUUUUUUUUUUUGGACAAGCAGAGUGGACAGAGAGAGAGAGAGAGACAGAGAGAAAGGUCUUCCUUUUCCAUUGGUUCACCCCCCAAAUGGCCACUAUGGCCGGCGCACCAUGCUGAUCUGAAGCCAGGAGCCAGGUGCUUCUCCUGGUCUCCCAUGAGGUGCAGGGCCCAAGCACUUGGGCCAUCCUCCACUGCACUCCCGGGCCACAGCAGAGAGCUGGACUGGAAGAGGAGCAACCGGGACAGAAUUUGGCGCCCCGAUCGGGACUAGAACCUGGGGUGCCAGAGCCGCAGGUGGAGGAUUAGCCUAGUGAGCCAUGGCGCCAGCCUGGAGAGCCUUUUUCUGGGCACAUUCUGUAGGUGGAGGGAUUCCGGGAGGGAUAGAGGUGCCUUACUCAGUGGGCAGCCUGGCACUUGGCUCUCUGACUCCUUUCUCCAGGGCACUGCUCCGUGCCCAGCACUGCUUCCCAGCUCAGCCAGGCGCUCUUAACUUUCUUGCUCACGACCAGUUCUGGUUUUGGGGCAUUGUUCCUGCCUUUUCAGUUCUCUUUUUAUUUGGGAUUUCGUCAGAUGAAACUACUUGGUGCCAUUUCACUUCCCACCUCUCUGUAAUGACUUCAUCUUUGCCUCUCUCUCGAGGCCAUCAUUUUGGGGUCUUGUGUACCCUUUGCCCACCCUGAAGCCCUUGCUUGCCUGCUUGCUUUCUAUGAGCAGAAGGAAAAUGGGUCCAUCCUGUUGGACCCCAGACGCAGCUGUGACACCUGCUCGACCUGGUUUGUUCCCUGCCUUGCCAGGACAUUCUCCCAGCAGACAUUUCUCUACUACCCUCCAGACAUGAGGUCCUUUGUCUUUCUGUUCGGUGUUCUUAGUCUAUUUUCCUUUUGUCUGUUUAUGGCUGUGGGGGCAGUGAGAAGCACUUGAAGCUCCACCAUUCUUUCAAUUUCAUUUCUGUUUCUGUGUAGUCAUUUGUGCAUACCACAGGUUACAAUGUAACCCUUUUUAAAAAUCAAGAACUUGGGUGGUUUGAUACUGUUGUUACCAAAACUCAAGAUGUUCACCCUGCUGUCCUGUAGUUUGACUGUCCAUUCAUCCAUCCAUCCGUUCAUCCAUCUGUCCAUCUGUCUGUCCGUCCGUCCAUCCAUCCAUCCAUCCUCUUUCUUGCAUUUUGUUUGGUUUUUCUUACGCUCUGUAUUAAGUAUCCACUACAUAGAGAGGAUAGUGUUCCUGUCCUGUGCUCAUCACAUAGCCUCAGCAACUGAUUAUUCUGCUGUUCUUUCUCAUUGUUCCUGCUUCACACUUUGUGUGUGUGUGUGUGUGUGUGUGGCUGGAGUAGAUUAAAGCAAAUAUUAGCAUAAUUUCACCUCCAAAAUAUUUCAGUAUGAAUUU